AUGGUCGUCUCCCUCAACACAGACAAAGAAGACUGGAGCGGACAGCCUACAGGCCCGGACAUCUCGUGGGCGAUGAGUCCAGAGAAGCCGCAUCCUAACCCCAAGACUCUUAGGGGAAGAGCUGCAUUGGCUGUCGUAAAGACCGAUCUGGAGUCUCUCCGAGCCUUGAUCAAAACCUCGGCAGCCAGUAUCGCUCAGUACUCAGCCCGAAACCUCAAUUACAAGUUGUUGCCCAGGCCUCUCUCGCUCGAAGACGCCCUAUCUAGACUCUCAAUUGGACCAGACAAGGUUGCAUUUCUUACUGCCACCGACCAGAUGUUCUGCACCGUCGCAGACAGGUUUUACGACUUGUUUGCCGGUCCCGUUUCGUGA